AUGGCGGGGGCGCCGCGCGGCCGAGGCGGAGGCGGCGGCGGCGGCGGAGGCGGAGGCGGCGCGGGCGAGCCCGGGGGCGCGGAGCGGGCGGCCCUGCCGGGCGGCCGGCGCGGGCUGCGGGCGUGCGACGACGAGUUCGCGUGCCCCGAGCUGGAGGCGCUGUUCCGCGGCUACACGCUGCGGCUGGAACAGGCGGCCACACUGAAGGCGCUGGCGGUGCUCAGCGGGCUGGCGGGCGCGCUGGCGCUGGCCGAGCUGCUGGGCGCGCCGGGGCCCGCGGCCGGCCUGGCCAGGGGGUCGCACCCCGCGCACUGCGUGCUCUUCCUGGCGCUGCUCGUGGUCACCAACGUGCGCUCGCUGCAGGUGCCCCAGCUGCAGCAGGUCGGCCAGCUGGCGCUGCUCUUCAGCCUCACCUUCGCGCUGCUGUGCUGCCCCUUCGCGCUUGGCCGCCCGGCGGGGACCCACGCCGGCGCGGCUUCGGGGCCGGCGACCGCCGACCAGGGCGUGUGGCAGCUCCUGCUGGUCACCUUCGUGUCCUAUGCCCUGCUGCCCGUGCGCAGCCUGCUGGCCAUCGGCUUCGGGCUCGUGGUGGCCGCCUCGCACUUGCUGGUCACGGCCACCUUGGUACCCAACAAGCGCCCGCGUCUCUGGAGGACGCUUGGUGCCAAUGCCCUGCUCUUCCUCAGUGUGAACAUGUACGGCGUCUUUGUGCGGGUCCUGGCCGAGCGCUCCCAGCGGAAAGCCUUCCUGCAGGCACGGAACUGCAUCGAAGAUCGGCUGAGGCUGGAGGACGAGAACGAGAAGCAGGAGCGGCUGCUCAUGAGCCUUCUGCCCCGGAAUGUUGCCAUGGAGAUGAAGGAGGACUUCCUGAAGCCCCCCGAGAGGAUUUUUCACAAGAUUUACAUCCAGCGGCAUGACAACGUGAGCAUCCUCUUUGCAGACAUCGUGGGCUUCACGGGCCUGGCGUCACAGUGCACAGCACAGGAGCUGGUCAAGCUCCUCAAUGAGCUCUUCGGCAAGUUUGAUGAACUGGCCACGGAGAAUCACUGUCGCCGCAUCAAGAUCCUCGGGGACUGUUACUACUGUGUGUCCGGCCUCACCCAGCCUAAGACUGACCACGCCCACUGCUGCGUGGAGAUGGGCCUGGACAUGAUUGACACUAUCACGUCUGUGGCCGAGGCCACAGAGGUGGACCUGAACAUGCGUGUGGGGCUGCACACGGGCAGGGUCCUCUGCGGGGUCCUGGGCCUGCGCAAGUGGCAGUAUGACGUGUGGUCCAACGACGUGACCCUGGCCAAUGUCAUGGAGGCGGCUGGCCUGCCUGGGAAGGUCCACAUCACGAAGACGACCCUGGCAUGCCUGAAUGGGGACUAUGAGGUGGAGCCGGGCCAUGGACAUGAGAGGAACAGUUUCCUGAAAGCUCACGACAUCGAGACCUUCUUCAUCGUGCCGUCACACCGGCGGAAGAUAUUUCCAGGGCUGAUCCUCUCCGACAUAAAACCAGCCAAGAGGAUGAAGUUCAAGACCGUGUGCUACCUGCUGGUACAGCUGAUGCACUGCCGGAAGAUGUUCAAGGCGGAGAUCCCCUUCUCCAACGUCCUGACGUGUGAGGACGACGACAAGCGGAGGGCGCUGAGAACCGCAUCGGAAAAGCUGCGAAACCGCUCCUCGUUCUCGGCGAAUGCCGCCUAUACCACCCCAGGCACCCGCGUCAACAGGUACAUUGGCCGCCUUCUGGAGGCGCGCCAGAUGGAGCUGGAGAUGGCGGACUUGGACUUCUUCACACUCAAGUACAAGCAGGCCGAGCGGGAGCGCAAGUACCACCAGCUCCAGGAUGAGUAUUUCACCAGCGCCGUGGUCCUGGCCCUCGUCCUGGCCGCCGUGUUCGGCCUCGUCUACCUGCUCAUCAUCCCGCAGAACCUGGUCCUCCUGCUGCUGCUGGUCUUCUGUAUCUGCUUCCUGGUGGCCUGUGUCCUGUACCUGCAUGUCACCCGGGUCCAGUGUUUUCCAGGCUGCCUGACGAUUCAGAUCCGCACAGUCUUGUGUAUCUUUGUCGUGGUCUUGAUCUACUCUGUGGCCCAAGGAUGCGUGGUGGGCUGCCUGCCCUGGUCCUGGAGCUCCAGCCCCAAUGGGUCUUUGCUGGUCCUGACGCCCGGCGGCCGGAACACAGUGCUGCCCGCCGCGCCCUGCGAGUCUGCGCCCCACGCCCUGCUCUGCGGCCUCGUGGGCACCCUCCCGCUGGCCAUCUUCCUGCGGGUGUCCUCUCUGCCCAAAAUGAUCCUGCUUCUCGUGCUCACCACGUCCUACAUCCUGGUCCUGGAGCUCAGCGGCUACACUCGGGCGCCCGGGGGCGGCGCGGCCUCCGGGCACAGCUUCGAGCCCAUCAUGGCCAUCCUGCUGUUUUCCUGUACCCUGGCUCUGCACGCCCGGCAGGUGGACGUCAGGCUGCGGCUGGACUACCUCUGGGCGGCACAGGCCGAGGAGGAGAGGGACGACAUGGAGAGGGUGAAGCUGGACAACAAGAGGAUUCUCUUCAACCUCUUGCCGGCCCACGUGGCUCAGCAUUUCCUCAUGUCCAACCCCCGGAACAUGGACCUGUACUACCAGUCCUACUCACAAGUGGGCGUCAUGUUCGCCUCCAUCCCCAACUUCGAUGACUUCUACAUCGAGCUGGACGGCAACAACAUGGGGGUGGAGUGUCUGCGUCUCCUGAACGAGAUCAUCGCGGACUUUGAUGAGCUCAUGGAUAAAGACUUUUACAAGGACUUGGAGAAGAUCAAGACCAUUGGGAGCACCUACAUGGCCGCCGUGGGGCUGGCGCCCACCACUGGGACCAAGGCCAAGAAGUGCAUCUCCUCCCACCUAAGCACGCUGGCGGACUUUGCCAUCGAGAUGUUCGAUGUCCUGGAUGAAAUCAACUACCAGUCCUACAACGACUUUGUGCUCCGUGUGGGCAUCAAUGUCGGCCCUGUGGUGGCUGGGGUGAUCGGGGCUCGGAGGCCGCAGUACGACAUCUGGGGAAACACAGUCAAUGUGGCCAGUCGGAUGGACAGCACCGGCGUCCAGGGCAGAAUCCAGGUGACUGAGGAGGUUCACCGGCUGCUGCGCCGGGGGACCUACCGCUUUGUGUGCCGCGGGAAGGUCAGCGUCAAGGGCAAGGGUGAGAUGCUGACGUACUUCCUGGAAGGCAGGACGGAUGGAGACGGCUCCCAAGGCAAGGAGCGGAAAAUGUGUGGCUAUGGGCGAGCCGGCCUCCAGAGCAGACUGGGCUCGGGCCUGCCCUCGGUGUCCCCCAUGGCUGGCCUCCCGGUCAGAGCCGGGCUGGGGGCUCUGCAGGGUGCGGGGCUCCCCCCCUGCCCCCACAGCCAGCACCUGUCUCCCGGAGCAGCUGGGAAGGAGGCUUAGUGGAGCUCACGCUGGCCACUGGGGGCUCAGGGCACAGAUGUGCAGGGCGUCUGGGCCUCCAGUCCUCCAGCAGGGACGGUGAGCCGUCUGGCAUGACCCAAAGCGGCCAGGCAGUGACGGGCCAGGGCAGCCCUGCCCAUGUGGACGCUGGCUGAGGUUUUCACAGGACUGUGCUCUCUCAGUCCCCUCUGCGGUGGCAGAGAAGGGGCAGCUGCCUGGGGGCAGCCAAGUCAGUGUCAGGCUCUGGGACCUUCAGAACAUCCUGGGGGGCCAUGGCCUAUCGUUUAGCGAGAGCCGCGGGGCGUGGCAGGCAGGGCGAGCCCAAGCACGCCCCCAGGCAGAAGCCCUUGAACCCUACGUGGUGGGGCCUGUGUGGCUGGAAGCCAGGCCUCGCUCGGCAGGGCCAUGAGGGCAGGAAUCAGGCCCGGAUGGUGGGCCCUAGAUGGGCGGUUUUUGGGGACAACGGAGAAGCCCCUGCCUCGUCGCAAGGUUGGUGGGGCCACCUCCUUGCUGAGAGCCAGAGGCGGGUCUUCUGGAACUCCCGGGCCCAGAGCCGCAUCUCCGCAUCCAGCAUCCUUGAUGGUCUGCUCUGCACCACCCCUCGGCCCCCGACGGCAUCGGCUCCUAUGGACCCUGGCCCCUGCGGUCACUCUGCUGGUCGCCUUGGGAUCCUGUACUCACAACAGCACGAGCCUGCGUGGAUUUCAAAAUGAGUGAACCUCACGACCCGGAGAAAGCUUUCCGGGCACCCGGAUGUGGAGUCUCAGAGUGAGUCUGGGAUGGGUGCAGACCAAGGAUGCCGGGAUGUGCUGUGGGGGGCACAGGGCAGUGGCUGGGGCAAAUGACAGGCCACAAAUACCUGGACGAGGCCCUGGGGGGCCUCAGUUCCGACCGCAGGGAGAAGGCCAUUCAGCACCGGCAGAGGAUCUGGGCAGACAGGUCGGGGGACCAGGUCCUGACCUGUAGUUCCAGCACGCAGCGGGGGGCUCUGCGGGGCAGCCAGCACGGUCAGCCGCCAGGCCGUGUGGGGACAGGCUGGCGGUGCGGGGCUCAGGAUGGAAGCGGGUGGUUGGACGGCCUCCCUCCUGAGAAUGAGCUCUUUGCUGAGCCAGUGACAGCCAUCGGUGCAUCGAGGACUCAGUGGCCCAGCCAUCCCCUGCCAGCCCACACUUAGAGACAUGGCAUGAUUCCUUUAGGGGAAACUGAGUCAUCUCAAGAGUGCUGUGAGCAUGUGGCCCAUGUGCCUGGACACAGGGCUGAGGACCUGGCCCAACUUCCCCCCCAGGGCAGGCUUGGGACUGGGGGAGUGAGCGGUGGACAGCACGUGGCCUGACCCGUGAAUGUGCUGUCACACGGCAGAGGGGACGUUACAGGAAUCACGGGUACGGGCCGUUAGCCAGGGCAGGGCCCUGAGCUCCCUGGGUGGCCUUGGUGGGAUUGCAUGUCCCCUUGAAGUGGACGCAGAGGCAGGAUGGUGAGGAUGACGCAAGCAUGAGGUGGUGGUUUUAAAGGUUUGGGUCCCAGCCCUCAGGCAGCAGAGACGGGCUGGUCACUCCCGCAGACACACACGGCAGAUUCCGUGUCCCCCAGAGUGAUCAGGAUGCAGGUGGAUGCCCAAGGGACUCUCAGCGGGCCCCCCCACCCCCGCCUCGCUGGGCAUGGACCCGGAGUCCACAGAACUAGGAGCUCUGGAGCCCCACGACGUGUGGCCGCCUGGCAGCUGGCUGCCACGACCCUCUGGCGGCGAGGCCCUGGGCCCCACAAGCAAGCAACCCCUGGGGCAUGGGAGCCUGUGCAGCCGUGGCGGUGGGGUGCGUGCCGUCUUCCUCCGUGUCUGGGAAGGGACUGGAUGAUAUUGCCUUAUUUAUUUUCACUUGUGUACAGCAGUCACAGACAAAAGUUAGCCUUUUGAGUGGGGUCCCCUGAAUGAUUUGAGAUGCUCUGUACAUAGCACGCUGUUUCCUGCGGCAUCUGUUCCCACCCCACAAACGAGAACAGCCGUCACCCGUGCAGAUGGCACCCUUUACCCAGACGUGCUGUGUGCAACGGCCCCAAGGCGCCACGUCCCUGCUUUGGGGAAGCCAGGUCCUGCCUGGGAGGCACUUUGGGGUGUCUCUUAGCACCCCUUGCCCCACCGUGUGCUGCUUACACCCAACCUCAGUAGACUAGAAAGCAGCCCCAAACGUCCUGACGCUUCCACGGACCACAGGACUGCGUGGUCCACUCCUCGAGGCCUGUGUCCUGCAGGGUGGAGCCCCCCCACAGACCAGGCCCCCCGAACCUGCACAUUUAUGAGACUCCAAAGCCACCAGCGCUUCCAGACACCUUCUGUCACUAGAAGCAAUAACAACUCCAACAUGAGAACCAAGCUCCAUGCAGAGCAGACCAGUAACCCAGACACAAGCCAUCGCACGCACGUGUCUGAGCCAAGCCACACUGUGGGGGGCUCACACCUACAGGCCCCCCAGCUCCUCCAGACCCAGCCCAGGCUCCCCUGUGGGCCUUGCUGUCAGUGCCCCGGGCACAGGGAGCAGAGGGAGACAGGAAGGGCAGGCCUGGGUCUGUGCACAUGUGUGAUCUCCUUACCCUGUCCCCGCGCGUCUCGGAGCUGGGUCACCUGUCCUCCCUGGUCAGCCUGGGUGACAUGUAGGCUCUGCGCUCAGACAGGACCCAGCCAGCCUGUAGAGGCACACACCCCAGGUCCCCCAUAGAGCCAUACUGGGCCCAGUCAGCAGCCUAGAUGAAUCGCACCCCUGCUUUGUCCAGCUCAAGAAGGAAGGGUUCGGUUGGCCUUGUGCUUCCUUGCCCCGGUCAGGUGGACCCAUCUCCGUCCCAGCGUGUGCCCCCGUGCGCUGUGUCCCUGUGAUUCCCCGAGUCAGGGGUCCUGCUGGGCCCUCCCUGGGAGGCAGGCCCUGCCCACUCCACGCAUGCACCACUUACCCGCCUCCCCCCCC